ACGAGUAACGCUAGUUCUUAUCACCUUCCUCUUUAUAAUCAGUUACGUCACCAGACCACCGACGUGACUUAACCAGCUGCUGCUCCUCAAUCCAGAGCAUCACUUGCUCCCCACUUCACGUAUGGCCUUAAUUCUUAAUUUUCUACCUCAACAACCCAUAAGCUAAAACCCUGAUCCAAGAUCGCUUCUUUUUUGCUAGCUUCUCUUUGCCGACAUGAAAGCUCUCACCAGUGUGGAUUUCUUCAAAACCCCUCUCGUUCUCAAGAUCACAGCCAUCGUUUUGAUCUCCAUCACAUUUUUUUACUUGGGUAGGUCCUGGUCUUCCAAUGGCUACCAGCAACUCAUCUUCUUUUCUUCCGCCCCGCAAAAAUCCGUGGCCAUUUCGCCUAACUUCAAUAAGUCCUUUAACAUCACUGCUCUCAUCGCCCAAAAUCAAUCCAAAACCUUACCUGACAAGACUCCUCAGCCGGAGAUGGAUGACUCUUCGCGCACUGAUAAGAAUAGGACGUUUGGGAUUGUCGAUAGUGAUGGGAGAAUGAGCGAUGAGUUUGAGGUGGGGGAGUUUGAUCCGGAGGUUGUGGAGAAUUGGUGGAAUGAGACUGGAGUUGAGAGUGGUGAGAAGGAUGUUCGUGUCAGAGUUAAGAGAUUUGAGCUCUGCCCGGAGAGUAUGAGAGAGUAUAUUCCUUGUUUGGAUAAUGUGGAGGCGAUUAAGAGGUUGAAUUCGACGGAGAGAGGUGAAAAUUAUGAACGGCAUUGCCCGGAAGAAGGGAGAGGAUUGAAUUGUUUGGUUCCUCAGCCGAAAGGCUAUAGACAGCCAAUUCCAUGGCCGAGGAGUCGAGACGAGGUAUGGUAUAGCAAUGUUCCUCACACUCGUUUAGUUGAGGAUAAAGGAGGUCAAAACUGGAUUUCUAAAGAAAAAGACAAGUUUAAGUUUCCUGGUGGUGGUACACAGUUCAUUCACGGGGCAGAUCAAUAUUUGGAUCAGAUUAAUAAGAUGGUACCUGAUAUUGCUUUCGGUAGUCAUACUCGGGUUGUUCUGGAUGUUGGAUGUGGUGUCGCAAGUUUUGGUGCCUAUUUGCUAUCGAGGAAUGUGUUAACUAUGUCAAUAGCUCCCAAGGAUGUUCAUGAGAACCAAAUUCAGUUUGCUCUUGAGCGUGGUGUACCUGCAAUGGUUGCGGCAUUUUCAACUCACCGUUUGUUAUAUCCAAGUCAAGCCUUUGAAGUGAUACAUUGUUCAAGAUGUAGAAUCAAUUGGACUCGUGAUGAUGGAAUCUUGCUCCUUGAGGUCAACAGGAUGCUUCGGGCAGGAGGAUACUUUGCUUGGGCAGCACAGCCAGUUUAUAAGCAUGAGCAAAUUCUAGAGGAACAGUGGGAAGAGAUGCUUGAUCUUACUACUCGUCUUUGCUGGACACUUGUGAAGAAGGAGGGAUAUAUUGCAAUAUGGCAGAAACCCUUCAACAACAGUUGCUACCUGAGCCGUGAAGCAGGAAUAAAACCUCCAUUGUGUGAUCCAAAUGAUGACCCUGACAAUGUUUGGUAUGUUGAUUUGAAGGCAUGCAUUACUCGAAUUCCAGAAGAUGGAUAUGGAGCAAAUCUUGUGAAAUGGCCUGACCGUUUGCACAUCACACCUGGUAGGCUUAAGAGCAUACAAAUGGAUGCCUACAUGUCCAGAGAAGAGCUAUUCAAGGCAGAAUCAAAAUACUGGUCUGAAAUAAUAGGUGGCUAUGUACGAGCUUGGCAUUGGAAGAAGUUUAAAUUAAGAAACGUAAUGGAUAUGAGGGCUGUCUUUGGAGGAUUUGCAACUGCAUUAAUCGACCAAGGGUUUGAUUGCUGGGUUCUGAAUGUGGUACCUGUUACUAGGCCCAAUACCUUGCCUGUUAUAUAUGAUCGUGGACUUCUAGGUGUUAUGCAUGAUUGGUGUGAACCAUUUGAUACAUAUCCAAGAACCUACGAUUUCUUGCAUGCAGCUGGGCUCUUUUCUAUUGAAAGGAAAAGAUGUAAUAUCUCUACCAUCAUGCUUGAGAUGGAUCGCAUACUCAGACCUGGUGGUCGAGUAUACAUUCGUGACUCACUUGAUGUCAUGGAUGAACUUCAAGAGACAGCAAAGGCCAUGAGCUGGCGCGUCGCAUUGCAUGACACAUCUGAGGGUCCACAUGCAAGUUACAGGAUCUUGAUCUGUGACAAAGGACUAUCGCGUCCUUGAGUAAUUGGCAUACAGAAAUUGACUUGUUCUCUUAAGGUAACUGUAAAGCUCAAACCAACUGGACGUAGUAAAAUCUGGUUAACACAGAUGGAGAAAGAUAGUCGAAAGUGUUUAUUCCAGAUGGAAGAAAUGUUUCAUUUCUGUUUUAGGUAUACCAUUGGAUGAGUAAAAUUCUUUAUUUGUCCAUCCUCUCAUUUUGGUACCUUGUGUUGGAUGCUCAUGUUGCUAUAGCCAAAUCUGGGCAGCUGAGAGAUGCUGCAUAAAGGAGACUGCACUAUACUAGAGCUGUAUAAAGUGUAUAACAGGAUCUCAUGGUCUCAAAGUAGAAGCAUUUUUACCAUUUAUGCUUACAUCGGAUUGACAGGAAAAAAUAUGUUUUUUUUAGCAUAUAGGUCUGGCUUUUAUUUUUCUUUUUCUUUUUUGAAACAUAAGACAUAGGUUUUGUUUUGUAACUAUUACAACACGACUUAUCAUGGCUGGUGGUAGCCCAUCCUUACCCUUUUUUCUCUAGUUUUUUUUCAUUCUUUCUUGUAAGAAUUUUGUCAUCCCCUUAGAUUGAUAGUUUUUUUUUGCUGGAUUCAGAGAACUCUCCUCUAGAUCUGCUCUUUAUCUUCCUUAUUUUUGGAGGUUUACAAUUUGUGUUUGUAUGAUUUUUAUUUUUCCCCAUCAUGUCUAAUCUUCUACCUCUUUAUAC